AUGACAAUAAUACAUAGAGCUUUUCAUAUGUCGGUAUUGUUAAAUACUUUACAAGUCAAUAGUUACAUUAAUAAUAUAGUUAGUGGUACAUUCGAUGUUGAAGUGAAAGUUCAUGAAUCAUCUAUAUCAGAAGAAUUUACAAUGGAUGUGUGGAUGAGAAGAGAUCAAUUGACCAAGCCUGAAAAGCUUUUGAAUAAAGAAUUUAAACUGACUAAAGAACAAUUAUCUCAGAUCAUCAGAGUGCCUUUUACUUUGCCUGUUAGCGAUGAAGCUGUGCUGCGAGUAGUUGUCAUUCGUCAUUCUUCAUUCAGACUAGUAGAUGUUGGACUGUAUCUAAUAGAUGAUCGACUCUAUUUGGAAAGUCAUAGCGGUCGAGUGAAACGUUUAAAAUCACUUGGGUAUGGAGACUACAGUUUUUCCGAUGAUCAAUUGUAUUUUAGUGAUUGGCCUGCUUUCGAUAGUUAUUCAGUCGAUACAAUAACUGAUAGUUUCUUUGGUUAUGGAUAUCAAACAUUGGUGGAUAAAGGAUACAUUAACACCUUGGUUUUCGACUCAGAGUUCUAUUCCGUGCCGACUGUUGAACAGUUCGUAGCGAUUGUGUGUAAUAAAGCGUUGAGAGAACAUGCCGAUUCCAUUGAUAUCUACUACUCUAAUACUUACUUUAAGAAUUUUCGUCGUAUCAAUGUACCUGGCAAUGAUAUUGGCCAAUUUGACGCACAUGAACUACUAGAUUUACUAAGAUUAGGUUUCCAACAUUGGAUCGAUUUGUCACCAGCGAUUAAUAAUGAAUCACAUGAUGAAACCGAUUUAUAA